GAGCUUUAUCGCAACAACGCAGCACGCCGCGCAGAGAAGGAGCGGCACAGUUCUUUGGAGACUUUCGUGGAAUCACUCCGGGUCUGCGUCGACGUGCGGGAGCCUCGAGAUGACGACACGAGUCGCGUGAGCCAAAUCUCGAUGAGAACAAACCAGUUCAACACCACCCAGAUGCGCUUCAAUGAGCAGCAGGUGAAGUCUUGGUGCUCUUCAGAGAACCGUUUUGUCCUCACCGCGCAGGUGGAGGAUAAGUACGGAGAUUACGGAUUGGUGGCCGCAGCCUUCUGCUCCCGCGCUGAGGGCUUCGUCUGCCUCGACUGCUUCGCGCU